UGCAGUGUUUGACUAAAGCGGCGUUCGGUGCGCCUCGUAAUUUAAGUUUACUGCAUCAGAAACGAACCAAACUGCCAACGUGUACGGCGAGUUUGGUCGGCUGCAGAAAAUAGACAACGGAUCUAACGUUUUUGCUUCUAAUUAUGUUUCUGAUAUUCUAGAAAAAGAAUACUAAAACAGAGAUUGAGAGUUUAAAAUUCCUUCAGCGUGAUGACGCUGUGAAUUACGUAUACCACGUGACAUGUUGCACAAGUCCGAAGUGACCGAGUCCAGCACGCUGACAUUGGAACAGACUCGGAUAAUCACGACCGUUUCUGACCUCUACAGACAGACCAGGAUGGGAACUUCCGUGUCCACCCCUGCUGUUUCGACAGUCCAAGCAGAGGCCAUGGCUGCCCCACCUCCCCAGGCCUGUCCCAUGCACCAGGAAGCUGCUAAAGCGUCUCCUCCGCCAGAGUGUCCGAUGCACCGAGCAGCACCAGGCCCAGUCCACCAGGAUCGGGCCUAUGACUUUGUGGAGUGUCCCAUGAGAGCUGCUGCAGGCGUGAAGAAUGACAUCGAUCCAUCAAACAUGAUGCCUCCUCCCAACCAAGUUCCAGCUCCAGACCAGCCCUUCAAGCUGUCCGUCUCCAGAGAAGAGUCCACCAUUCCCCGUCACGACACAGACAACAACUGGGUUUAUCCGUCUGAGCAGAUGUUCUGGAACGCCAUGCUGAGGAAGGGGUGGCGCUGGCGGGACGAUGACCUGGCUGCUCAGGACAUGACCAACAUCAUUAAGAUCCACAAUCAGAACAACGAGCAGGCCUGGCAGGAGAUCCUGAAGUGGGAAGCCCUUCAUGCUGGAGAGUGCCCAUGUGGGCCCACGCUCAAGAGGUUUGGUGGGAAAGCUAAAGAGUACUCUCCCCGGGCCCGUCUCCGUCACUGGAUGGGGUAUGAGCUGCCUUUCGAUCGUCAUGACUGGAUCGUGGACCGCUGUGGGAAGGAGGUGCGUUAUGUCAUCGACUACUACGAUGGAGAGAUCAACAAGGACACCUACCAGUUCUCCAUCCUGGACGUGCGUCCUGCUUUUGACUCUUUGGGUGCUGUGUGGGAUCGGAUGAAGGUGGCGUGGUGGCGCUGGACUUCCUAGAGCAGCAAGCCCCGAGGGCUGGUGUCCAUCGUGUUUACUGUUUCACUGCUUCAGCAGGUGAUUACCAGGUGUUGAGCAGGUGUGCUGGAGCAAGGAAACUACUAAAACAUGCUGGAUACUGGCCCACUGGGAAGGGAGUUGCCAGCCCCUGUCCUAGAGUGGAGGUUGUGAAGACAAAGACUCCAGCUGUUGUUUCAGCUCCUAAAGAAGAAAACCAAGAGGAAACAGAACCUCCCAGCUCAGACGUUCAGAUCCGGAUCUGCUUAAAUUUCACUUCUUUGUUUUAAAACGUUUUUUUUUUGUGCAGCAGGUCACAUGACCCUGUUUCCUGAGACAGAACGCUGCUUAGUGGCAUUAUUCAUCUUGUCUCGUUGCAAGUUUCAUCUUGACUCGGCAACAAGGUGAAAUCUCAGAACCGUUAAGACCUGGGAUUCAGUUCUGGAGAAGACGGGUCCCAGCAGGGCCAGCUAUGUGUUCCUCGGGACCCGCGUGGCCAUCUUCUCCAAGUCCAGGGCAGUGGGGAGGACAGCUCUGGUUAUCCAGCGCCGACUGUGUCCAUUAAGAAGGACCAGGAUGUUAUUUUUGAGGUAGAUGAUGAGUUCAGCAGACGGCCCUUCAGCUUCCUUAAAUGUGGGCGAAAACACAAUCGAAGGUAUCGGACUGAAAAUGAAAUGGACACUAGCAUCAGAAACGUGUCUCACCUGUUCAGGUGACUUGGACUCAGGUGGAUGGGACUCGCUUUAGUCAUUAACUGUUUCAGCUGCAUCAUCUGGUUUUAUUUAUUAUCUUUGUGUGUGAAAGUGUCCAGACUCGGUAAUAAAGCUGUUCCUCAUCUG